AUUAACUCUGUUUAAUUAUACUGAAGAGAAGAAUGAGCAGACAAUACCAGACUAUAGCAAUAAACAGCUGAAAGCAAAAUGAAGACCACUUUCUCCUUGUGCUUAUUGCUGGUUGGUUUGCAUACUGUUGCCCUGCGUCAUCAGCAUCCUCGCUACCGUAAUAAGCAGGAUGAUGCUAAAGGUACAUAUUAUCCAGGACAUAGUUCUCAGUGGGAAGAAGCUUCUCCACUUAAGAACAAAACCUUUGUCAAACUAGUUCUCAGCAAUGCUGACUUUGCAUUUUCCUUUUACAAGCUGGUUGCAUCUGAAGCAAUGGACAAAAAUAUUUUCUUUUCACCCAUAAGCAUCUCUGCUUCCUUUGCGAUGCUGGCACUUGGUGCCAAGGCUGUGACACUGACACAGAUUUUGGAAGGGCUUGCCUUUAACCUUAAAAAGACUCAGGAGCAGAAAAUACAUAAAGUUUUUUGCCAACUUCUCCACAUGCUGAACCGUUCAAAUAGUGAGUUCCAGCUGAGCCUGGGCAAUGCCCUUUUUAUAGAAGAGACACUAAAGCCACUACAGAAGUUUUUGGAUGAUGUCAAGAGCUUUUAUGAAUCUGAAGUCUUCUCUACUGACUUUAACAACUCUGUUGGUGCUGAGAGUCAGAUCAACAGUUAUAUUGAGGAAAAGACAAAUGGGAAAAUAGUUAAACUAGUGGAAAAUCUUGAUCCUCUGACUGCAAUGGUUCUCGUUAACUAUGUCUUCUUUAAAGCCCAUUGGGAGAAACCCUUCAGUACAGCACAGACAAAAGAGGAGGACUUUUUUGUGGAUCAGAACACAACUGUAAAAGUCGAUAUGAUGUAUCGAAAGGGUUACUAUGGAAAUUACUUUGAUGAAGAGCUGUCCUGUUGGCUGGUUCAGAUACCUUACAAUGGAGAUGUUGCAGCAUUAUUUGUUUUGCCUGAUGAAGGGAAGAUGAAGCAGGUAGAAGAUGCCCUCUUGAAAAGAACUGUAACUACAUGGGAAAAGUCCCUCCAAGACAGAAAAAUACAUCUGCACAUUCCAAAAUUUUCUAUUUCUGGUACCUAUGAUGUGAAAAAUAUAGUCAAAAAAAUGGGUAUGGUCAAUCUGUUUACUGAACAAGCUGAUCUCUCAGGGAUUACUGAGGAGCCUGGACUGACAGUUUCAAAAGUGAUCCACAGAGCCAUGCUGAAUGUUCAUGAGAAUGGCACGGAGGCAGCUGGGGCCUCAGUGAAGGAGGUUACCUGGAGAUCUGGGGAUUUUCCUCGCCCACCUCGAGUCAGAUUCAACAGACCAUUUCUCCUGCUGAUUCUGGAUAAGUUCACCCACACUGUCCUCUUCAUUGGGAAAAUUGUAAACCCUCAGAAAAAUGGCUGAUUGACAAAACUUAUACACAUCGCUGGCUCAAUUCCUGUGAUCCAGUGAAACACUUAUGUAUGCAUACCACUCUGUGCUAGUGUUCAUCUUUCAACCAUUGUCCUUAGAAACCUAAUUAAUUCCUUAAAACACAAAAACUAUAUUUCCUUAUACAAAAGUCACUACAAUUUCCCACAGCUUACAUCUGAAUAUAGCAUGUAGUGUUAAUGAAAUACAAGUCACUUUUCACCAGUUUUAUAAGAAGCCCUUUCUGAUGUGUUCCUGUGGGGUAUUCAGUUGGUUCAAAGUCUCCAACUGAUGUAGGUAUUGCUGUACAGUCACAGGGUGUGCACGUGAAAGGAGAAACAGGAAAAAUGAGGUGCAGGUUGUAAGUCCUGUCUGUUUAAUCCACUAACCCCUGAUGAAUACCCUUAGAUGCAGAUUUCAUUUUCAUGUGAAUUGUCAUUAAUUUCUUUAAGUUUUGUAACCAAGCAUGGUAUGAAACUGCAGGAUCAGUGACUGAAACACUGGAGGACACCACUAAUGUAAAGGGCUGAGGAGUGCAGCUGUUUUAGCUUGCCUUCCUCUGUCUUCUCCUCAGCAGAAGUCUCUGCCUGGAGAAAAGAAAGCCACUUUGCUAUACAGAUAAUUUUAAUUCUACUAAGGAAGGAAUGCAUAGCAGAAAAAAGACUUUUGUUUUAUCCUACUAAUAUAAAAUUUUUUGCUAAUGCCUUGAGAUAAAAGCCUGAUGGAGUAGUCCAUGACAUAGCACCAGUUUCCUUUUCAUAGACUUGUUGUCACUGUCAUUUCUUGUUUCUACUGAUGCCACCUUCGGUAUUCACUUUCCAGCUAGACUUGACAGAUUGUGGUAGAAAAAAGGAGGAAUGCAAAUUAUAACUCCAGAAAGUUCCCGCUUCCUCAGUAGGAACUGCAGAGCUUUCCUAGGGACUGUUAACUUGGUUAAAGCUAUCAUAAACACACAUAAAAAAUACAGAAAAUAUUUCAGAAGUCACUUUUCUAAAAGUUAGCAGUGGAUUACUAUUACAGAGUAAAAACAGGCUGGGAAUUGACAUUUGUACCUUUUCUUACCUUAAGGUUCCUUGAGUCCAGUGUCACUAGAUAAUUGCAUAGUUAUGAAAGAAAUAUAACUUCACUUACAAAGCAGUAAAUAUUUAAAUUAUUUUAUUAUCUUUUGCUUUAAAUUUUAAAUCAAAUCUUCAGCACAUCUUAUUAAAAUAUAGAAAGCCAAAGAAAGCAUGUAAAUUAUAGAUUGAUUAAAUAUUUUGUUACAGAAUAUUUCAAACUGGUAGAAAAAAUUAUAAAUUAUAACAUUUUAGACCUUAGUUUCUUAAGAUGUCUGUGAAAAAUAUAGCAUAAAAACUGUGGUGAGUAUUUCUAAAACAGAAUUCUUUUUUUUUAUUUGGAGAUCUUUAUUUUCUUUCACAUUAAAUCAGCAUUGUCAAUAUGAGUAAAUUGCAGCACAAGAAUACCAAUAAGGAAUAGAAACAACAUUCCAUGUGUAUCUGCAGACAGGUAACACUUGAUAUUAACUUUUAACAUCCUCCUCAAAAUCACAUAAAUCAAUGACAAAAGUUUUUCACUCAUAGCUAUAUUUAGUAUGUUCUAUGUUUAGUAAUAAGUAGUUGGCUUUAUGCCUCCAAAUAUAUAAGGACUUGGUCUAGGUAAAAUACAGAUAAAUUUAUUCUACAAAACUUCUUGCCAAAUCUCAGGACUAACUCAGGAUAAAUUGUCAAAGUUCAGCUUUGCAAUGACAAAUAACUCUGUAGGCAAAUAUCACGAGAUUAUGUUUGUUGUUCCUCAUGGACCUCAGAUCAAUAGUCUCUGUUUGUUAGUAGGAAAAAAUAUCUGAGUGCUAUUUUGCCAACCACACCUCACUUUGAGAAGUAACCUUGCCUCUUAACUAUUUGAAAGACAAAAAUGAAGCUCAUUUAAGAACUGGAUGACCAGAAAACAUCUUGGUAAGGAACCGUCUUCAGACAGGUAUAGGAACCAUACAUGUCUUGCCUUGGUGUUCUUUCAAUUUUGGCAAAAAACAGGGCAUGCCUCUCACUGCAAAUGUGCAGAAAAUUUGUGUCAUAAAUAACGAGCCCAGAAGGAUUGCACAACCCCUCACAAAAAUGUCAGCAUUAAGGUUGUCACAAACCCACUGCAGUUAUGGUUUGCUCAGGACAGUGUUUCUUCUUUCAGUCUGAUUCUUUUUUGCUUCUUUUUCCAUGGGUUUUUAUUUCUUGGUGGCUCUCUGGCUGUGAGUACUGUGACCAAGAGCCCUCAGAGUAACCAGGGAAGGGCUUUCAUCCUGGCUAGUUGAGAGCUGCUGCACUGUUGCAUGCAAGUAUCAUGAUGGGCCAUUGCUGGAGGUUGGAGCUGGUGUGAUGAGCCACAUGAGGGACAAAGUGCUAAGGACAUCUUCUAAUGCAGCCUGCACUGGUGUCUACACACAGAUGUGAUGCAGGACUGCAUGCAAUCAUGCACACAUGCAAGCCGCAGCCUCAGCACUGCCUGUGCAGGCCCGGAGGGAAAUCAGGGAUGGUAUGGAUCAAAGCAGUCUCUGUAAAGUGAAAGCAGUCUUCUCUUGUAGGUUAACAGCCAUAGAAAAAGAAUUGCCAACUUGGCAGAAACUUUGGAACAGCACACAUUGAAAUAAGGAGAAAAGGAAAACAAGCAGUGUGGAAAUAGAAGAAAACUGUAUUUUUUGUCAUAUUUAGGAACCAGAAGUGAAACAAAGGCUAACAAUGUAAAUGAGGAGCUCAGAAACCCAUGGUGGAGAUAGAUUUAACUGUUAUCUACAAAUUAUGUGAAGUUCAACAGACACUGGAAGAAAACUAGAGGCAAUUUUGAGUAGUGUUAAAGAUCAUAAAAGAAGGAACAAGCAAAAGUAGGAAACUGUAUAUUGUUGUGGGGCCAGAGAGAGAAAUAGUAUGCUUGAGGUAUAAAAGAAAAUUACUAGCCAGUGGUUAGUGCCUGUGCACAGGUCUGUCAUUGUUCCCAGUAUUGUACAGCACCCACUAGGAAGAAUCUAAAAGCACAUAACAGAAGCAACAGACUUAAAUGUCAUGGGCUGAUAACAAAUUACAUAUUCUACUGGAAAGGCCAACUAAUACUCUGUUAAAUGCACAAAAUAAGGAUGGAAUACCUCUCCUAUGAAGAAAUGCUGAGAGAAUUGGAAUUGUUCAGCCUGGAGAAAAGAAGGCUUUGGGGUUACCUAAUUGCAGCCUUGUAGUACCUGAAGAGACCCUACAGGUAAGAUGGAGAGAGACUUCUUACAAGGACCUGGAGUGAGACAAGGGGGAAUGACUUCAAAUGGAAAGAGGGUAGGUUAGAUUAGAUAUUAAGAUGGAAUUUUUUACUGUGAGGGUGGUAAGGCACGGAAACAGGUUGCCCAGAGAAGAUGUGGAUACCCCAUCCCUGGUAGUGUCAAUAGCCUGGCUGGAUGGGGCCCUGAGAAAACCUGGUGUAGUGGAAAGUGUCCUUGCCCAUGGCAUGUAUUGGGAACUAGAUGAUCUUCAAGGUUCCUUCUAACCCAAACCCACAUGAUUCUAUGAUGUCAUGGAUUUAAUUUUGUUUUCUGAUAAUCUAAGCACACAUUUAAUAAUUAACAGAUAUUCCUGGGAAAUACUAUGUGAAUUUCUCUGUUUUUAAAGAACUUGGUGAUUAAUCAGGGCUGAAAAUAUGGCUUCUAUUGUCAUUGGGAACUUGGCAGAUAGAAAGGUACCAUGGCCAAGAUCCUCAUAGCCAACAUCUGUCCCCUGCUCACCACAAUAACCUCUAGGCUCAGGAAAUCCGUGUGAUAGAUAUAUGCCUCCAAGUAGUGUUCUCCCACAACCUUCAAAGAGUAACCUCAAAUGCCUCCUGCAUACUCCGAGCACAUCAGAAUGAGUUACCCGCAGCAGAAUCACUUAUGCUCAGGGACACCUGAGCAUCGAGCCAGGGCCCCUCAGGACCCAUAAGCUCCUGUGAACCAGCCUGGUGAGGAGGGGACAUUGCCAGGGCAAUAUAAAUGGCUCUGGGAGUGCGUGGCCAGGGUGUGUCACAUUGGAUGUGGUGCAGCACUUGGCAUGGGCAGGGCGUGCAGGGAGGUCCACAGCUCAGGUAAGUGCCAAGUGCUCCUGGUCUCUGUGCAAAGGUGGGCUCUACCUCGGAGCCAAAACCAGUGUGUCUACUGAGACAGCCCUGAGAAGCUGGAGCUCCCACCCAGAUGGGACUGGUGAGGAAGGAGGUGUCAGUACAGGUGGUAGCUUGCAAUGGAUGCCCAGAUGCUUCCCCAGCACAAAGUGUGCACAGGCUGAUGACCUGUUGUGGCACGUAGAUGAAUUCCAAGAGACAAUUAAUAGGCUUGAGGUAUUAGAGGGGCUGAAACAGAACUAGAUAACCUGGCUUCUGGAAUGGUGUGGAUUUAAUUGUAGCACUGGCUACUAGGAGACUGCAAAAGGUGAAACUCAAAACAAAACAAAUUCAUUUCACUCAAAUGUUUCCAAGCUUUCUUAAUGGAAAGCCAUAAUAUUAACUCAGUAGUUCUUCUAUAUAAUAGAUUCCUAAUUUGUGCUUUGUCAUUUGGUCAGGAGACAAAAAAGAUUAAUGGUUAUUUGACUCCUGCAAAGGCCUCCAAAAGAGUCAUAUUUCUCUUCUUCAAAUACAACAUGGUUUGGUCAUUUUUGUUCUUUCAUCUGGAAAAAAGGGCUGGGAAAAAAAUAGGUUUACAAAUCAAUCAGAAGAGGAUGGCUCUAUAAGCAAAGCAUGCUCUAGCUGAGGCUGUUGGCUUUCUAACCCAUUAUUCAGAUCUCGUAUUCCCCCUGAGUAGCAGACUUUAACAUUGCUUAUGAGAUUUCUGCAGUUUAAAUGGACCUACAAGAGUCUUUUUGGUAUUAACUGAAAAACACAUCUUGGACUUUUAUCACAAUACCUUUAAAGGACCUAAACUACUAGCUGCCUGAAUUGAAAAAAAAGAUAAAAAGGAAGCAAUCUUCCUCAGAAAAUUAUUUACAGCCUCCAGGAUUGUUUUUACAUUCUCAUUCAGUUGUCUUAUGCUGCGUGAAGUGCAAGCAAUAAAAGAAAGGGCAGUGAGGACACCUUGGCUAAGGGGGCAUCUUGCAAGUGGUGUGAACAUGAGAUAAGACUUGUAUGAGAGCUCAUAUUAUGUGUUACUCGUGGUACAGAUUGCUAAGGGUGGAUUUGAUAGUGGUGCUAAAGGACAUCACCUCUCUGCAAAGGAAGGACUGGGAAAAUAGCUUCUCUUUUGAAAUGGUGAGAAAAAAGAAAUAUUCUUGGAGGUUCUGUGGAGAAACAUGCUAUGUCUUGAAGAGACCUGUUUUUUUCCAAAUAAAGAGCAGAGAUCCAUGGGGAGUAUGUGUGAGGAAGAGGGGAAUUACCAAGACAGCCACAUUUUCCUGUGAGAAGCAGGAACUUAAGCUUAGGUGCCUCUUGCAGCUGCCAUGACACAGGAAAGAAGGAAUUCAAGAGCAGCCUGACAGUGCACUUGGCCUAAUUAACUCCUCUAGCUGGCACCAUGCAAUGUAGACUUCUAGUUCUUCUAAGGCUUGACUGUAACUUAAUUAGCAGGUAUUAAAAUUUUUGGCAUGAAUAAGCCAGAAAGAUACCAAUGGAAAGAGAAAAAAGGAAAUUACUGUAGGAGAGAAGAUUUGACACUAAAGUUUUCACCUCUAUCAGUUAGAUGUUUAGUCACAGGGCACAGGCUCAGACCCAUGCAAGUGGAACUGCACUGCUGCUUCUCCCUUGCUGGGAGAUCAGAGUUUGGCUGGAUGUCACAUGCUGGCCACAUAGGACCUUUAAGACUUUAAAACUUGGAAACACUCAGAAUAAAUAUUCUGCCCUUGUGUUAACUUUCCACUCCAAUGUCAUUUUGUGACACUUUUAUUUGCAUAGUCUUUUAUGUACUUCAGAGCAUAAAGAAGGCUUUAGACUUUUGACUCUCACAUGUCCUUGAGUCUUCGGCACUGGCUUCCUGAACUUUUUUCCCCAAGGCAAGGUCAUGUGUAGGAGCUGACCCUGUCACACAGCUGAUGUGACAUAAACACUUAUUGCUCCUUACUCCUUAUUUUGGGAGCACAAGGGGAUCUCCCUGCACCAAGCCAUGUAGCAUUUGCAGAGCACUGCAGCAGUUUCUUUCCUGAGACGUUUAUACCUGUUCUAACUGCCAGCAAUUUCCACACCAUUAUCUACUCAAAGACUGCACCCUGCCCUGCACUAGGGAGGUCUGUUUCCAGUCCCUGGGCUGGGAUUCCUCAGAUGAAAUCUCCCCAGGGAGCCACUGCAUCAGCAACCCCCCUUUACACUUUUACUGUCCAACCUCUGUUUCUAUGAAAUUUGCCCACUUUCUUCACAGGAUGUUCACAAAGACCUCCUGAAUUUUGCUGGUAAGCACACUGAGGCUGCACUAGCUAGGGCUGCUGAAUUUUGUCUUUUCUCUACUCAGUGUUUAUCAUCGAUUACAGCUGUAGGUUGAGCUGUCUGCAGCAAAAAUCAUUGAUGAAACCUUAGCUCAGAGUUUUGAGUUUGUAAACCCAUGUAAGGCAUGAUGAACAUCAACAUCAUUGAAAACAAAAAAGUAUAGCUCAUAUUUUCAAAGUAUAAAGGAAGAUGCUGUGAACUUUAAUCCAUUAUUAUCUCUGUGCAGUCCUUAUGCUGUCUUAAGCAGCCUGUGUGCUGUACUCAGAGCUUUUGCACCCUGGAACAAUUUUACAUGUUAUAGAUAUUAAAGAUUAGGGGCUUGGCUGCACAGAUUUUGGUUUCUUGUGUGAUCCAAACUUUUGCUGUGAUUAAACAACAAGAAUAUGAAAUUUGUAUCUUGAAAAUAGCCUCUAUCAAACUCAAACUGAAGAACAUGUCAAUUUGCUUAACUGAGACCUGUUUUUGUAUUGUACAGAGGAAAGUAGAGAAUGUAGAAGACAACUUCAAAUUCAAUUACACAAUACUAGAAGCAAAGAAGAAUUUCAAGGAGUGAUCUUUAUUUCAUAUGCAUGCAUGCAUCACUAGCCAGCUGUACAGUGUGCCAGCAACACACUGUCAGAUUAAGUUGGGCUAAUUAAACUUUAUUACUUUGUUAGGCACGGCUCAUUGAACAGCCACUGUGUAACUGCUUACAGAAAUUCAGCAGUGCUAACAGUCCAAGCCAAGUGAAAACAGGAGGGGAGAGUUUUCUUUAGUAUCAAUGACAAAAAUCAACAUAGUGGUCUCUCUUGAAAGGAUAAACAUAAUACAUCAGAUCAGAAUGACUUUGCACGCGACCUGUGUUUGUAGUAGAUCUAAGAGCAAAAUUAUGUUUCUUUCACAAGUGUGCUAACAAGAAAAAUGAAGCAGAUCACUGAGAGAGAUUUCAGUGUAUCAAGAGCAUAUGUUUGCAUGUCUUAUGCUGUUUUUAAAGUCUCUUGUAAGCCAAUCAUUACUACUACUAUUAAAAAAAAAAAAUACAUAACUUCUUAGGACCAGUAACACUUUCAUGGACAAACUUUCUACUAGCACAACUAGGGUUUUCAAAGUUAAAGUUUUAAAAUUACACUCUUUUAUUAACAACAGGGCUCUUGGAUAAAAACAUGACUUGGCCAGCAAACAUCAAACACCUUAACAUUUAUUCCAAACAUCUGCCAAAUCCAUGAAGUACAGACUGAUUAUUAGGACAUUUUUUGUUUGGUCCAUAAACAUAGAUUUAAGAAAUCUGUUUCCAUAUUUAAGAAGUUCACUUUCCACAUAACACAGAAAACUCUGUAUUUGACACAUAAAUUCUGGUUCUUCUCAGAUUCAAUAAAUACAAUAAAUAGAAAGGAAACUUUUGAUACUUUAAUGAAUGAAACAAAAUGGCAUCAUCUCCUUUCUUUCCUGAGGCUUUAAUUCUGAAAUAUUAUUUUCAAGGCUUUAAAAUAUUAUUUUCAAGGCUUUGAAAUAUGAAAAUGGUAACACAGCAAUUUUGCACAUCUCUUUGUGUUUCUCACUGUGCUUCUAUAAUUGAGAUAGCUUUUUACAUAAAUAAAUAUUAAAAGAAAACUAGAGAAAAUCUUGAA